CCGCCCGCCGCCCGCCCCCCGCCGCCCUAGACCCCAACAUCCCGCGCGGCCACCGCGGGCAUCCACCCCGCCACCUCACCUGCUGCCGCGUCGACCGGGACGGCCGCCGCAGGCAUCCACUCUCCUACCGCCGCAGGCAUCCACUCUCCUACCGCCGCGUCGAGCACGACCUAGGGACGGCCGCCGCCCCCGCCAUCCUCACCAGGCCGCUGCCUCGCACGACGUCUCCUUGCUAGCAUCUCAGCAGAUUGGUCGGAGAUCCGCGUUGAUGAGCUGAACUGGUCAAAGCCGGACGUGCGAGUGCUGCUUGUAGGUGCCAUCUUGAUCUCGGAACUCAGCAUCGUGGAUUGCGCUUCUUGGUACCUCAAGAUUUCGUAGUCAUGAACUACAAUCAAGUAUACAAGACUGUGUACCAGAACACGUCACGUCAAGGACAGUGUACUGUUUCAGUUAAGAAGGAGAAAUACAUAGACACCAACAAAAAUGAAACAGAUUUACACGAGGCCAUUUACAAAGUCGGGCCACUUGAAGUGAAGUGUCUAGUUAAGGAGGAUUGUCAAUCUGACCCAGCGCCUUUCCAGUCGUAUUGCAUUCUUCAGGACUUUAGGCAUCUGAAUAUAGUUUCGAUUGAAAACUACUAUUUUGAUGAAUGUGGCGAAGGACGAAUGGUUUUGUCCUGGGUGGACCAGACCCUUAGAGGUUGGUUGGUGAAAGUGGCAGAUGAAAAGCACAGGUUGAAAGCAUUUGAAUCGACAUGCAUGAGUUGCAAACCGUCAACCAUUUUCAGAAAAAUGGUGAUUGGUAUGUGCGAUGCAGUGCAAUGCAUGUUGAAAAACAACGUAUACCCUUGUUCCAUCCUCUUGGACGAUAUUUACUUGGUGAAUCAUGCAUCACCAACUGUUAAAAUACUUGUUUCUGAUGUGAUACAAAUUUAUCGUAACUCUCAUAGAAUCUCUCAUGAAAGGUUGAUUUGGAAAGAUGUGAGAGAAGUGGUGGAGGAAUGUGUUACAAUUGCUGCGAAAAGAGCUAUACACCCCGACGCGAAGAGAUUUUUCCAGUAUAUAGGCUUUGCAAGUGUGAAGAAGUUAGAGUCCUACCCUGACACAUGGAAUGAUCAAGAUAAAAUUCAAUACCUGUUGCAUGUUAUGUCUGGGAAAAAGAAUUAUGUGAGCUCCAAAGUUAAUGGCAUUAGAAAUUUUAAUUGGCCGAAGGAAAACUCAGGUCAUUUGCCUCGUUUAUUUCGUGACCUGAAGGAUCAUCAAGAAAAAGAAACCAAGUCAACAUACAACACUAAUGAUCCUUACGACUAUCUGAGAUUGUGUCGGAAUGGCAUUAAACAUUGGGAUUUGUUACCAAGUCAUAUAACGAUCAUUUGUGGUGAUGUUUCUGGUUUCCUCCGAUAUAUAGAACGGUGGAAUCCCGGAAUUUGGUGUGAUCUAUAUGAGGCACUUGAGGCCUAAACAAAUCUCAUAUGGAAAGCACCUAAGCAACCUGAAGAGAAGUGAUGCAGACUUUUCACAUAUAUAUUCCUGGCAAAAGCAGUUCAACUGUGUUUUUCAUGUGCCAAACAUCAUGUAUUCAGGAGCUGUGGAUCCAUGUUUUGCAAGGGAGCUGGGGACGGCAUGGCCUACCUGUGACAUUUUGCUUUUUUUCAAUUCAGAAGAUUCAGAUUGACUCUUGUGUUGCUCAUGUUGCACGUGUCAUCAAUCUUCUUCUUUGAUCCAGAGCUAGAUCAAAGAAGAAGAUUGAUGACACGUGCAACAUGAGCUACACAAGAGUCAAUCUGAAUCUUCUGAAUUGAAAAAAAAAAAAGCAAAACGACAGGCGAGACGUAAGGUUGGCGUGAUGUAAGGUUGAAAGCGACAGGCUGAAGCAGAGACCCCCUUUAUCUUAUAUUCCUUCUGA